UCGCCAGACCCCCACCCCUGAGGGGCAUGUAUACGAGAAGAAAAUUGGCAAAAGUUAAAAUCUUUUAAAGCAAAAUGCUCGAGGGCUGGUACUGUAGAUCCCUGGCCAACCAAGAGGAGGGCGCCAUUAAGGACGAGCCCCCAAGCGACGAUGAGCCAACACAACCUGCCAGUGAUCGUGUGCCGGCGAUUUCCCGUGGAGGCAUACCCGCUAGCUCGUCCACUGUUUCGGCGGGACUUGGAGCGAACGAAACGGACUUUAAGGAGCGCUACAAGAACCUAAAGAAGAAGCUAAAGUUUCUCAUCUAUGAGAACGAGUACUUUCAAGAUCUAUUGCACACAAACCAGCGUCGCCUACUGAAAGUUUCUCGCGAUCGCACCUUUCUACUGGACCGCCUCCUGCUGUACGAGAAGCCAGCGAAGGACUCCAGUGAUUCCGAUGCCACCGAUAGUUCCGAUUCGGAACCAGCGUCGACUUCCGGAGCUGCCGGAGGAUCACAGACGCCCAAGGAUGUUAUGCGCAGAAAGCACAAGGACAAGGGGGCCCCUGGAAUUCAGGGAGUGCCCCCGCACAUGCCCACUGUGGGGGCAACUCGAGGACGUAGGCGCAAAGUAUUGACCGGGAUGAUCCCCUCGAAUCAUGGAAUCCAGGCAGCUCCUGCUGCCAAAAGACAACUGACUGCCACCGUUUCCCCUUCGCAGCAGCAACUCCAACUACAGAGUGCACCCAAGGAUGUAUCGCCUGGUUUGAGCCAAGCGGAGAUCGCUCGCCAGCUACAAGAGCGACGACCUACGCCCCUGGAGCUCAUGAGUCCGGAAUGCACCUCAGCUACUGUGCCCACUACGAUGCUCAGCGAUGAAAGCCCCUCCAAAUGUUUUUCUAGCUAUCCCAAUGAGAGUCUACAGCAUCUAAUGGAGGACGACUCACAUUCGCAUGAGGUAGCCGCCGAAGAAUGCGUUCCAAUGGAGUACACCAGUUAAUAUUUACAUAAAUUUUAUACUUUGUCUUAGCUAAUAAAUCUACUAAAAAUCAAA